GUAUGGGGGUUCAUCCUUACUCCAAUGCUGCUGCCUCACCUGGUCCAGGUGGAUACAAUCCUAACGGAAGUGCUGGUCUAGGCGGGCCUGGCGGACACUCCCGAGGUAUGACAGGCGACGAUACACUUGGUUACCCUAGCCAGGGUAGAACAAGCGCUAUGGGAUACACCAGAGGCUACGGCAGCAAUGUUGCAGUUAGAGGUAUCAAUCCUUCCGGUCCAAAUGCCAGCGGCUCUGUUGGUAUUCAUAAUGGGAUGAUGGGUCCUGGGGGAAUGGGACCAGUACCCGAAGAAGGACGAGAGAAGAAAGGCUUCUUUGCUACCCUGUGCUGCCGAUAG